GCACGCCUCAGUGCUUCAUGACGUUGACGCGUGUCUUCAUUCCGCGUCCACGCUGCACAGAGGAGGCUGCAGGUCCCCCCCAACACUCGCGUAGAAGAAAGGUUCUGCUGAGUGCAGGAGGUCCAGUUGGCACAAGGAGCAACGCAUCAGCACUUUGGUACGUAAAGAACCAAGAUAAGGUAGCUUGUGGGGGUGGGGGUCAAUCAAGCUGAAUGACGACAUCUGUGCACGCGCACGCGCACACACACGUGCACAUGGAAGGUUACUGCUGAAGUGAUUUUUCUUUUUUCUUUGAAAGGAAUCAAAUGAAGAUGCGUUUGUGUUGUCAUGGUAACAAGUACAGCUUGAUCGGAGGAAUCCAUGUUCCAAAAAUUGGUGUGUUCUGUCACACAAACACACUCCAAUUGCGCAAUGGAGAACAAGCUGCAGUGUGUGUGUGUGUGUGUACGUACAGGGGUGUUGUCCUUUUCUCGUCCUUGUCCUAAUGCAGCACAGUGCACAUGUAAAUAAGUGUGUGUGUGUGUGUGUGUGUGUAAGUGGACAUGGACAGGGUGUAGUCUCUGUGGGGUGUCCAAACUGCAGCCCGGGGGCCAUUUGCGUGCUUUGGCUGUUUUUUUUUAAUGGCCGCAACACAUCGUAAAAACAUCAUUUAACAAGAAAAGUAGAAAAAAAAUACAACAAAAAUGUAAAAAUCAGCAGUAAUUUUACAGAAAUAAAGUCAAAAUAUUUAGGAAAAAAAGUUACGAGUUGUGUUGUGAAAAGUUGUGUUGUUUGUUACGAGAAACAACACAACGACACAAAUAAAGUUAUAAUUUUGGAAAAUUUGGUUGUGGAAAAAGUUAUGUUACGAGAAUAAUGUCAAAAUGUUAAGGGAUCAAAGUCAUAACAAAAUGUGAACGAAGAAGUUUUAAAUAGUUGGAACAUUAAAAACAACAACAGCAGAAAUGGAAAAAAAAUCAAGUAUAAAGAAUAAAGUCCAAAUAUUAAGACAGUAAAGUCAUAUUGUAAUGAGUAAAAAAAAAAAGUCUCAAUUUUGGAGUGUAAAGUAAAAAAAAUAAUCUAAUUUUAGUAGCACAGAGUUGACAUAUUAAGGAAAAAUUAAGUUCCUUUUUUUUAAAAGAGAAACAAAUCAAAAUUGUCAAUUUUGAUAAUUAAGUUGGGGAAAAGUUGUAAUAUAAUGGGAAUAAAGUCAUUACGAAAAGAGCAUUUUUGAAGAUCAUUAAAGAAGUUGAAAUAGUCGGAAAAUAAAAACAAACAGCAGUAAUUUUACAAGAAUAAAGCCAAAACAUGGAAAAAAGAUGUAAUCUAACAAGAAAAAGUCAUCAUCUUACGAGAAUAAUGUCUUCAAAUUAUGAGGAAAAAUAAUGCUUUUUUAGUCAAAUAAAGUUGAAAUAUUAAAGAAAGAAUACAUUCUUUUUACGUUGGAAUAUUAUGAGAAACAAACAAAACAAAUAAAGUUGUAAUUUUUGGAAAAUUAGGUCCAAAUUUGCUUUAUAACAAGCAUCAAAGUGUAAAAAAAAAAAAAAAAAAAAAAGAAAUAGUUGGAAAAUAAAAAAAACAACAGCAGCAGCAGCCACAAAGGGAAAACCAGCUGGAAAAAAAGAAUGAAGUCAAAAUAUUAAGAGAAUAAAGUCAUUCUAUUGACUAAAAAAAGUCUCAAUAUGAGGAAAAAAUAUCUCAUUUUAGUAGCAUAUAGUUGACAUAUUAAAGAAAAAGGAAAAAAAGAAAAGUUUUUUUUAAAGAGAAACAAAUGUCAUGGGCGGCCGUGGAACACGGCGAGUAUUUUAGGAUCCCAAAAUGCAGACAAGGGAGGCAGAAAGUACAAAAGAACAAUUUAAUAUACAAAAGAGUCCAAAAGCAAAAAUACAAAGUACAAAUAAGGAAAAUCCAACAAGGUAAGAGUCCAUAACAAAAAACACUAACAGCAAAAGGCUGUUAGGAUAAAACUAGAAAUAACAAAAAUACACUGCAGGCAAACCUUACAGGAGAAGAUCACACAAAGGGCUAGCAGGUAGGUACAGGUAAGCGGGGAGCCAGAGAGCAGGGUAAGGAGCAGGUACAGGGAGCAGGUUGUCAAGGAGUCAAGGAGUACAAUCUGGCACCGGUCUGGAGUUUGGCUGGAGCUUAAGUAGGCCGGUGGUAAUGAGCUGCAGGUGUGUGUAAUUAGGGCUGGGUCAUGUUCAGGGAUGUGCUGCAACAAAUAAACGACAGAGGGCAGCAGAGCAGAACACAGAACAUGACAGUAUGCCCCCCCUCUUAUAAGGCGCCGCCUGGCGGCUUACCUGGUUUGUCAGGAUGGAGACGGUGGAAGUCGCUAAUGAGGGACGGAUCCAAGAUAAGGGAGCGGGAGAUCCAUGAACGCUCCUCAGGACCAUAACCUUCCCAGUCGACCAGAUACUGGAACCCUCUGCCCCUCCUUCGGGAGUCCAAAAUGGCCUUCACAGUGUAGGCUGGGUGGCCAUCGAUCAAGCGCGGCGGGGGCGGAGCCUCGACCGGAGGGCACAGGUGACUGGUAGAUACAGGCUUGAGACAGGAGACGUGGAACACUGGGUGUACUUUGAGACUGGAUGGCAGUUUGAGUCUCACGGAGGAGGGGUUGAUGAUGGAGUCCACAGUGUAGGGACCCACAAAUCUGGGUGCCAGCUUCCUAUUAGUCCCUGCUAAAGGUAAGUCCCUGGAUGAUAACCAGACCUCAUCGCCAACCUGAUAAGUGGGAGCUGGGAUCCUGUGACGGUCAGCCAGCCGUCGAUUUCGUGCCGCCGUGCGGCCUAGUGCAGCGACUGUCUCCCUCCAAAUCCUCCGGGCUCGACGUAGAUGAACCUGCACGGAUGGCACUGCAACUUCCGCCUUCUGUGAAGGGAACAGUGGGGGCUGAUAUCCGUAAGCGACCUUAAAGGGUGACAUACCUGUGGCAGAGCUGACAAGCGUGUUGUGUGCGUACUCCACCCAGGGGAGGUGGGGGGCCCAGGAAGAUGGAUGCCGGUGACAAACGCAACGAAGGGCAGCCUCCAGGUCCUGGUUGGCCCGCUCUGUCUGGCCGUUGGUCUGGGGAUGGUGACCGGAAGAAAGACUGACCGAGGCCCCCAGCAUCUUGCAGAAUGCCUUCCAGACUCUGGACGUGAACUGGGGGCCCCUGUCUGAGACGAUGUUCGUGGGAAUGCCGUGAAUACGAAAAAUGUGUCUCACCAGCAGACGAGCUGUGUCCAGGGAUGUAGGUAGUCCAGGUAGUGCAAUGAAAUGAGCCAUUUUAGAAUACCGGUCCACAAUGUUCAAUACUGUCGUGUUCCCCCUAGAGGCAGGUAAACCGGUAAUGAAGUCCAAGGAUAUGUGAGACCAGGGCCGGGCGGGGAUGGGUAAUGGUUGGAGCAGGCCGGCUGGUGGUCGGUUUGAAGACUUACUCCUGGCACAGACAGAGCAGGCCGCGACGAACUCCUUGGCGUCCGCCGCCAUAGAAGGCCACCAGAAUCUUUGCGCCAGUGCGUAUAACGUCCGUUUGAGUCCCGGGUGGCAGGUUACUUUAGACGUGUGACCCCAUUGUAGUACCUCUGACCUGAGCUCCUCUGGGACGAACAGUCUUCCUGGGGGGCAGCCCUCUGGUGGUCUCCUCCCAUCUGUUGCUUCCGACACCUUCCUCUCCACCUCCCACUGGAGUGCACCCAACACUCGAGCCACAGGUAUGAUAGUCUCUGGUGCCUUUCCCUCCUCCGUGGGGCUGAAGACUCUUGAUAGGGCAUCGGGCUUGACAUUGCGUGAACCGGGUCUGUAAGUGAUUGAAAAAUUGAAACGGGUGAGGAAUAAUGACCAGCGGGCUUGUCGAGAAUUGAGUCUUUGAGCGGUGCGGAUGUAUGACAAGUUCUUAUGGUCCGUGAUGACUAUGAACGGAAGUGUAGCACCCUCCAGCCAAUGACGCCACUCCCGCAGCGCCAGAACGAUGGCCAGCAGCUCCCUGUUACCCACAUCAUAGUUGCUCUCAGCCUGUGUGAGGCGACGAGAGAAGAAGGCGCAGGGGUGCAGCCUCUGGUCGACCGAGGAUCGCUGGGACAGGACGGCUCCCACUCCCGUAUCCGAUGCGUCGACCUCUACAAAAAAUUGCAGGUUAGGAUCAGGAUGAACGAGCACAGGUGCUGAUGUGAAUAACGAUUUCAGAUUACAGAAAGCCGUCUCUGCCUCUGGGGUCCACACAAACGGAACCUUAAGAGAUGUAAGCCUAGUCAGAGGUCCUGCCUUACUGCUGAAAUUGCGGAUAAAUCGCCUGUAGAAGUUGGCGAACCCUAGGAACCUCUGUAAGUGCUUCCUUGAUUUGGGAGUUGGCCAUUCGACCACCGCCUGAAUCUUGGCGGGAUCGGCACGCAAUUGACCCUUCUCCACGAUGUACCCCAGGAACGGCACUGAUGUGGCGUGGAAAUCACACUUCUCAGCUUUAACAUACAACCUAUUUUCAAGGAGGCGUUGAAGAACGAGUUUGACAUGCGUAGUGUGUUCUUGUAGAUUCCUAGAGAAAAUCAGAAUAUCAUCAAGAUACACGAAGCAAAACAGAUUAAUCAUAUCGCUUAAAACGUCGUUAAUCAGAUUCUGGAACACCGCUGGGGCGUUAGUAAGACCGAAGGGCAUGACAAGAUACUCAAAGUGCCCCAGCGGAGUGUUAAACGCGGUCUUCCACUCGUCUCCAUCCUUAAUGCGCACUAAGUGGUAGGCAUUACGGAGGUCCAGUUUCGAAAAGAUCCGUGCCGAAUGGAGAGCGGAAAAGGCAGAGUCCAUGAGAGGGAGCGAAUAACUAUUACGUACCGUAAUACUGUUCAAACCCCGAUAAUCGCUACAGGGGCGCAAGGACUUGUCCUUCUUGGCAACAAAAAAGAAACCCGCACCGAGAGGAGAGGAAGAAGGACGGAUGAGACCGGAAGCUAGCGAGGCAGAGAUAUAGUCCUUAAGAGCCUUUUGUUCCGGCCCAGAAAUAUUAUAGAGCUUAGCGCUGGGUAAUGUGGUGUUGGCUAGUAAUUCUAUCGAGCAAUCAUACGGUCUAUGAGGUGGAAGUGUCUGUGCACGAUCCUUACUAAAUACUUGUUUCAAAUAAUGAUAUUCCUCAGGCACAUUGGUGAGGUUAAUCUCCUCUACAGGAAGUGGUUUAACAGAAACCUCGGAAAUGGCAGACCUAAGGCAGUUAGCGUGGCAGAACAUACUCCAGUUGACUAUGUUCAUCUUAGUCCAAUCUACGGCAGGAUUGUGGAGUUUGAGCCACGGUAACCCUAACACUAGUGGAGCUGCUUGGGAAGGCAUAAUAAAGAAGCUAAUCCUCUCUGAGUGAUUACCCGACAAUUGCAGAGAAAGAGGUUCGGUCUGAUACGUGACUACUGCUAGAAGACGUCCAUCUAAAGACAGAACCUCCUUCGGAGAGGAUAGCUUAAUCACUGGGAUAUUAUGUUUCUCAACGAAUGACGUAUCCAAAAAGCAGUCAUCGGCACCGGAGUCAACUAGUGCGGUUACAGUCACAUUUCUGCCCCCCCCUGUAAUAAUCCCCUUGACCUGGAGACGUCUCAGGGACUCAUUGCCUGUGUCGAUCACUUCCUGGGGGUACUCAAAUACCAGCUGAGGACUGGCUGCUGGUGACGGGAGGAUCGAUACUGGAUAGCGAUAGUUGUGCCGAUGGUGCUCCUGGAGUCGACCCUUGGCGACGAACUGGACGGAUGGGGCAUUGAAGAAGCCGAUGACCUGGGUUACCGCAAUACAGGCACAGGUUCAGGCGACGGCGACGGGCUCUCUCCUCGGCGGCUAGUCGUCGUCCUCCCAGCUGCAUUGGAACCUCCGUAUCACCAUCAACCUUGAUGGGGUGAGUCCUCCUCUGCUCCGUGGGCGAAUGUGGUAUCGGUGUAUGAACCUGGUAUCCCUCCUCUGCAUAGUCCCUGAUUCUCUCCUUUACUCGGUUGUCUAAACAAAUCGCUAAGUUUAUCAAGUCAUCAAGCGAUGUAUUAUCCUUGGCUAUUAGCUCAUCCUUAAUGCGGGCACUAAGAGCCCUCCGGAAGAUACCACGGAGCACGGUAUCGGGAUAUCCGCUUGCUGCUGCGAGCACACGGAAGUCAAUGGAAAAAUCGGCCACAGAUUGCCCUCUUUGUUUUAAGUCCAACAGGCGAUUGGUGGCUUCUAAACCCCGGAUAGGGUGAUGAAACACCCUUCUUAUCUCCUCUAAAAAUAAUGGUAAGGAGGUACGGAUGGCGGGCAUAGAAGUACUUAUGGCCAGGGCCCAAGUGGCAGCUCUACCCGCAAGCAAGCUCAUUAUGAAGGCUACUUUAGCUUGAUCAGAGGAGUAAGAUGUAGGUUGUUGAUCAAAAACUAACGAACAUUGAUGUAGAAACAGGUUACAGGAAUCAGAGUCACCAGAGAAGCGAGGAGGGUGAGGGAUACUGGGCUCACGAGCUUGAUGAGCAGCAGGUGUGCUUGCAGCUGUGGCAGCAGCGGAAUCACUCAUGGUAGUGGUUGUACCGACCUCUGGUGGCGGAAUCGGAGCGGAACAUCCCAGUCGUUGAUUUAAUGCUUCCAUGUUAGCGGAGAGAAAAGAAAUGGCUUCCAGGAUCCCUUGGAGCGACUUCUCAUGGCUUCCCACCAUGUGUCCUUGGUGUGUCAGGGCUUUUCGGAAUUGUUCCAUGUCUGCGGGAUCCAUGUUCUGGCCAGAUUGUUCUGUCAUGGGCGGCCGUGGAACACGGCGAGUAUUUUAGGAUCCCAAAUGCAGACAAGGGAGGCAGAAAGUACAAAAGAACAAUUUAAUAUACAAAAGAGUCCAUAAGCAAAAAUACAAAGUACAAAUAAGGAAAAUCCAACAAGGUAAGAGUCCAUAACAAAAAACACUAACAGCAAAAGGCUGUUAGGAUAAAACUAGAAAUAACAAAAAUACACUGCAGGCAAACCUUACAGGAGAAGAUCACACAAAGGGCUAGCAGGUAGGUACAGGUAAGGGCUAGCAGGGUAAGGAGCAGGUACAGGGAGCAGGUUGUCAAGGAGUACAAUCUGGCACCGGUCUGGAGUUUGGCUGGAGCUUAAGUAGGCCGGUGGUAAUGAGCUGCAGGUGUGUGUAAUUAGGGCUGGGUCAUGUUCAGGGAUGUGCUGCAACAAAUAAACGACAGAGGGCAGCAGAGCAGAACACAGAACAUGACAACAAAACUAAAUUGUAUUUUAUGAAAAUGAGGUUGGGGAAAAAGUUUUUAUAUUAUGGGAACAAAGGCACAAUAUUACGAAAAGAAAAUAUUUGUCCAUUAUUAAAGAAGAAAGUUGAAAUUGAUUUUUAAAAAAACAAUAGCAAAAAUAUAAAUAAUAAAAUAAAAAUAAAAAAUACAGUCAAACUAUUAAGAGAAAGAAGCUGUAUUCUUAUGAGGAAAAAAGUUGCAAAUUUAUGAGCGUAAACUCGUAAUAUUAUGAGGAAACAAACAAAAGAAACUGAAGUUGUAACUUUUAGAAAAUUAGGUUGGGGAAACGCUAGAAUAUUAUGUGAAUAAAGUCAAAAUAUUAAGACAAGUACAUUUAAGAAGAUUACUUCAGGAGAAAGUUGAAAUAUAAAACAAAAAACAAAAAAACAAAAAAACAACAAUAGCAAAAAUAUGAAAAAAUAGCAAAGAGUGAAGUUGAUGUGAAUAACAGGCUUUUUGGUCACACUUUACAAUAAGGUACACAACAAUACAGUAGUUACUGAGGAACUAAUGAAGAACUAAUGAGGAACUAAUGACUAAGGCACACAAAUUUAGACUAGUUACCGUGGAACUAAUAAAGAACCAAUGAGGAACUAAUGACUAAGGCCCACAAAUUUAGAGUGGUUACUGAGGAACUAAUGAAGUACUAAUGAAGAACUGAGAUUACUGAGGAACUAAGGCACAUCAAUUUAGACUAGUUACUGAGGAACUAAUGAAGGAUUAAUGAGGAACUAAUGAGUAGAGUAGUUACUGAGGAACAAAGGCACAUCAGUUUAGAGUAGUUACUGAGGAACUAAUGAAGAACAAAUGAGGAACUAAUGACUAAGGCACACAAAUUUAGACUACUUACUGGGGAACUAAUGAAGAUCAUAAAGAACUAAUGAGGACCUAAUGAGAAGAAUAGUUACCGGGGAACUAAGGCCCAUCAAUUUAGAGUAGUUACCGUGGCACUAAUGAGUAGAGUAGUUACUGAGGAACAAAGGCACAUCAGUUUAGAGUAGUUAUUAAGGAACUAAUGAAGAACUAAUGAGGAACUAAUGACUAAGGCACACAAAUUUAGACUAGUUAGUAAGGAACUAUUGAAGAACUAAUGAGUAACUAAUAACUAAGGCACACUAAUGUAGACUAGUUACUGUGGAACUAAUGAAGAACUAAAGAGUAGAGUAGUUACUGAGGAACUAAGGCACAUCAAUGUUCAGUAGUUGCUGAGGAACUCAUGAAGAACUGAUGAGGAACUAAUGAGUAGUGUUUAGGGUUAGGUAUGUUCGUUCCUCAUUAACUACAGUAAUGUUGUGGAUGUUAGUGUAAAGUGUUUUUCAACUAUAAGCCAAAGCUGAGAAGCACUUUUUUCCUGGAAUAUAUAUGACUUGUUAGCAUAUUUUUAAAAAAUAUGAAAGUGGCAAAGUUGCAUCCUUUCAUUCUUCACGACGUGGCCGUCACUGGGAGAAGUUUGUAGAUGACCUUUCAGAAUUGUGAUGAGGUUCUGCUGGCACGUUUAAAGAAGACAAGGAGGUGUUGUGGAGGCCAGGUGCUGUGAUGACAAGUGACGACAUCACAUCCUGUGUGUGUGUGUGUGUGUGCGUGUGUGUGUGUGUGUGUGCGUGCGUGCGUGCAGCUGCAUCCCUCACAGGUGCUUUGUGGCGUGAAGAGGAUGGUGAUGAUGACGAUGGUUCCCGCUCUGCUCCUCGUCUUCGUCUCGCUGAGCGCAACCGACGACUUGGACACUUUGUACCCCGACCUGGAGCACUCCAGAACCAUCUACGUGACGGAAAAUGUUCCUCGGCUGUCGGUGACGUCAGAGCAGUCCAAGGUGGUGUCGAGGCGGGGGGGCAAUGCCACGUUACCAUGCAGCAUCCAGCGGGACCAAUCCCUGGCCCCCAGUCGUAAGAUGAGGAUCAAGUGGACCAAACUGACGUCCGACUUUCUGAAGGAGGUGGACGUGUUUGCAGCCAUGGAUUACCACAAGAGAAGCUACGGAAGCUUCCACGGGCGUGUGCACCUACGGGGCUCCUCCCCCACGGACGCCUCCCUGGUCAUCAGUGACAUCAUCCUGCAGGACUACGGCAGAUAUAAAUGUGAAGUCAUUGACGGCCUGGAGGACGCCACCGUGGUGGUGGCGCUGGACCUGGAUGGUGUGGUCUUCCCGUACUACCCCCGCCUGGGUCGCUACAACCUCAACUUCCACGACGCCGAGCGGGCCUGCCGGGAGCAGGACGCCACGGUGGCGUCCAUGGAGCAGCUGCGCGCGGCGUGGCGAGGGGGGCUGGACUGGUGCAACGCCGGCUGGCUGAGCGACGGCUCGGUCCGGUACCCCAUCACCUCCCCCAGGGAACCCUGCGGCGGCAAGAACACCGUACCCGGCCUUCGCAGCUACGGCCUCAGAGACAAAGACAAGAACCAAUACGACGUUUUCUGCUUCACCUCACACUACCAAGGAAGCGUGUACUACCUCAUCCAUCCCACUAAGCUGACGUACGACGAGGCGCGGCGGGCGUGUGAGAAGGACGGCGCCCAGGUGGCCAAGGUGGGCCAGAUGUACGCGGCGUGGAAGCUUCUGGGCUACGAUCGCUGCGACGGCGGCUGGUUAGCCGACGGCAGCGUCCGUUACCCCAUCUCCCGCCCGCGCGCCCGCUGCAGCCCCAACGAGGCGGCGGUGCGCUUCAGCGGCUUCCCCGACAAGAAGCACAAGUUGUACGGCGUUUACUGCUUCAAGGCCCGCCACUGAGCAUGCUCAUACACGCACACAUACACUGUGAUGCAAGCAUGUUAGCAGCUAGCUGACAUGUUUCAGGUUGAUAUUACUUCAUGAACUGCGGGGGAGGUGGUGCAAAGGGGAGCGCAUGCUAAAACCGAUCAGCAUGUUGGAUUCUGACUCGUCUGAACUGGGACCCGCUUCAUGCUGGUCCGACUCUUUGGGCACUUAUCUUCUUUUAGUCCAAAACAAGCCAGAAGGAUGUUUUUUAAGGUGCUACGACCUCGAUUAUGUUUUCUACUCAUUGUGAUUGUUGUUAGCCUUCUUUUAGAAAAUAGAAACGUUUUUUUAUAGAAAUAAACGCCAGACGUUAAUAAACAUGGAACUGUCAAGUACAGUACAUUGUUUGUCGAUUCCUUCUGGAAUAUUCUCAACAUGUGCUAUCCUAGAAGUCGCUAGACGACGUCACAUUCUACUUUGCAUAUCAUUUGCAUAUGUUUUAAAAUGCUGUCAGAAAAAAGCAUGAUCUCGUAGGAGACACAAAAAAGUGAGUAAAAACCCCAGAAUUAUGUUGAGAAGUACAAAUAAACUUGAUUCUUGGUUUGUUCAUGUAAAAUUGUCAUCAUUUCGUCAAAAUAAAAUAACUAAUAUUGUUCUCAAAGUUCUCCCAUCACAUGUUGGCAAUUGAAAACUUUUUAAAAUGAGCAAAAUUGAAAAGCGAAUAACAGAUUAAGCUGUUUAUUCUAUGGCUCACAUUAACAUGACAGAUGUGGUUGGUGAGUAGCACACUCCUCUGGUGAAUAUAUGUAAUAGCCACACAUGACAUAUAUCAUUAAUAGCAACACGAAAUGCAGAACAAUACGUGCUUUCACCACAUUAGAAAAGUCCCGGAUGACGCCAGAAAAACUCUCGA